AUUAUUUUUAUAAUCUAUGAGAAAAGCAAAACAUCACCAAUCUAACAGCAAAUGUCAGAUUUGGUCUCCCUUUCUUACAAAGCCACCAAGAUUCAGCCAUGCAGCACCAGUAAGUAAGGUAAUAUUUCAUAACUUUAUCUCCUCCUAAUUACUUCCCACAAACCCCACCUCUAAACCCUAAUCAGACUAAGUUUCUACCCUCUUAAUAACUCACAACGAUUACUAGAUUUCAACGUGAGUUUUGGGGCAACAAGCCAUAUUCGAACAAUAGCAAUCAUACUGUUCUUCUUCCUCCCUUAUUCUAUGAAUGUGGUAUCCUAUGUUGACUGAUUUUCAGAUAUUAAAACAACUUAGCAAUGUUGAGUGAAGUCACUUGGUCAUCCUGUAUUGUCUUUUGAUAUUGUUGUACUGGAUUGGCUAUUCUGUUGUUAAGAACUUUGCACUCAUAUUCAUGUAGUCCUGUUUUCUGGCGAUGUCAUUUUUUCUGGUUUAGAAUCAGGGUAACAUUGGUCUUAUUUAAUUUGCCAAGUAUCUGCUUGUUUAUUUUGUCAAAAACUGCUUAUACAAUUAAUGUUUCUUUCACAUUUAUAUACAAUUCACCUGUGAAACCAUUUAAGCCUGGAGUUUACUUUGCUGGUGGAUUUUCAAUUGCAAGUUAAUACCGUUAGUUGUUACAGAGCUGCUCACUACAGAGCUGCUCACAUUCCUGUUGCUCCUAGGUUCUGCUUUGGUAAUCUGCAUCUUUAAAGACUCUGUUCACUUCAUACAGACUGUCAAACCCAUUGGCCUAAUGUUAUCAGAAUAUUAUAAUUUAAUGCCAGAAGCGUCUGUCAUCGUGGCCCUUCUUUCGCUCCUGAUAUUGGCAGUUUGGGUCUUCUUCUUCCCCGCAUUUUGUUGUUGUUUAAAUCACAAGAGUAAUGCCUAUGAGAGAAUGAGAGGACCAGGGAGAGCUAUCCAUUUGCAGUAUAACUCAGACCCUGGGCCAAAAAGAAAGGCACGGGUGAGAGGAGAAGUGUCCUACACUGCUGUGUAACACAAGGAAGACUGGAAGGUUUGACAGAGCCAUUGGGAAGUCAUUACUCACCAACCACAUCUCAGGGAAUUCACAGUUUUCCCCAGAUAGCCGGCCUUAGUGCUCAGUGAUGAGCUGGGUGCAGCCUGUGGGAACCAUGGCUUCCCAGCAGUACAGCGGGUGCCAGUCAGACUCCCCGCUGGUAGAAGUCUGUGAGGCACGUUCUUAGGACUGCCACUUGCUCUCCUGUGCACUCACGGCGCUCUCCAUUCUCAGUGCUUUCCCUGACUACUCCAGUUCAGAAAGGUGGCCAACCAAUAUUUAUUGAUCCCUUGUCAAAAACAAUGGCCUUGUGUUUUGGUACCGCGCUUACUUGUGUAUAUCCAGAUUAUAUCCAAAGUCAUGCUUCUCAAGAUCAUCUUUAAGUGCCCCAAACUCAGAAACUUUAUGAAUUAAUUCAUUAGCCGUCUUGCUGUGCAUGCUGCAUAAGGAACGGAGAAGCUCAUGAUAAAUCCCAGCUACAGUUUACUUAAAAAUAAUCAGCUGGAAGCUACUAAGAACGUGACGUGUGGAAAAUAUCAUUUGUCUUUUUGUUUAGGGGCUAGUGUUUGGCUGGGUGGGUAAGGCACUGGCAUCCCACAUCAGUGGAUCUGGGUUCAUUACCUGCCUCCGGCUCCUUCUCCAACUUCCUGCUGGUGUGGAUCCUGAGGGCCAUGAUGGUAGCUUUAUAAAUUGGAUUAUUUUCUUUUUAAGAUUUAUUUAUUUAUUUGAAAUUCAGAGUUACACAGAGAGAAAGAGAGGCAGAGAAAGAGAAAGAGAGAGAGAGAGAGAGGUCUUCCAUCUCCUGGUUUACUGCCUAGUUGGCCAAAAUAGGCUGGAGCCACACCGAUCCGAAGCCAGGAGCCAGGAGAUACUUCUGGGUCUCCCACAUGGGUGCAGGGGCCUAACGGCUUGGGCUAUCUUCUGCUGCUUUCCUGAGCCAUAGCAGAGAGCUAGAUCAGAAGUGGAGCAGCCAGGGCUCUUAACUAGCACCCAUAACGGAUGCCAUAACUGCACGCAGCAGCUUUACCCACUACACCACAGCACUGGUCCCAAGUAAUUGGGUUCUUGAAAUAACAAAUUCUGGGGACCAGACAUUUAUCCAGUGUGGGUUACCCAGUGAUAAGAUAGAUAGACUUGUUCCAACUUUGCUUACAGGUUUUGGAGACAAACACACAAUAAACACUUAAAUACGAUAAACAUGAGGGUAUUUCAAAAAGUUGUUAAUAAAAUAAUUAAUAUCAGGAAGUAGAUAAUAUGAGCCUAUGAUAAAUUAUCACAGAAUUCAAAGUUGAAAAGCCUAUAAAUAAUGGUUACAAUUUCUCUCCAGGUAGAAAGACCAGACUUUCUUCCCGCAACAUCUCCAGGAGAGCACCUCUUUAACAAAUGCUUGUUAACCUUAAAUGGGAUAUCUGUGAAGAUUUAAGAGAAUUCUAUGAAUUCAUUCACGUAUUUUCUGUCUGUUUUUCAUAGUUCAUUACUUAGUGCUGGAAAACACAAAAUUGAAGAGAAUAAUUUCCGUUUCCACAGUUGUUUAAUCACACAGGUCAUUGAAAGUCUUAAUAGACAUCGAUACCUGAAUUCUUUCUUUUCUCACGAAAACUCCACAGCCUUCUAUGGAAUAAAUCAAUUUUCUUAUCUGUUUCCUGAAGAGUUUAAAGCCAUCUAUUUGAGAAGCCAGCCUUCCUCAUCCCCCAGAUACCCUGCGGAAGUGAAGACGUCCCUCCUCACAGUGCCCUUGCCAUUAAGAUUUGACUGGAGGGACAAACAUGUUGUGUCUCAAGUGAGAAACCAGCAGAUGUGUGGAGGAUGCUGGGCCUUCAGCGUGGUGGGUGCCGUGGAAUCCACGUGGGCGAUAAAGGGACAUCCUUUGGAAGAUCUGAGUGUCCAGCAGGUCAUUGAUUGUUCAUAUAACAAUUAUGGCUGCAGUGGAGGCUCCACUCUCAGUGCUUUGAAGUGGUUGAACAAGACGCAGGUGAGGCUGGUGAAUGAUUCGGAAUAUCCCUUCAAAGCACGCAGCGGCCUUUGCCAUUACUUUCCUAGUUCACAUUCCGGGCUUUCAAUCAAAGGUUACUCUGCCUAUGACUUCAGUGACCAAGAAGAUGAAAUGGCCAAGUCACUUCUUAUCUAUGGCCCUCUGGUAGUCAUAGUCGACGCGGUGAGCUGGCAGGAUUACCUGGGAGGCGUAAUACAGCAUCACUGCUCAAGUGGCGAAGCCAAUCAUGCAGUUCUCAUAACUGGCUUUGAUAAAACAGGGAGUAUACCAUAUUGGAUUGUCCGGAACUCAUGGGGAAGUUCAUGGGGAGUGGACGGCUAUGCCCAUGUUAAAAUGGGGAGUAACGUUUGUGGUAUUGCAGAUUCUGUUUCCGCUGUAUUUGUGUGACGUGUUGGGCAGAUCAGGAGACAGCUACAAAAGUGAAGGGGUUCGGGAUGCAAUAAAUGUAAGAUGGUUCUUUAAGCAUUAGUCAACUUCAGAUUUCAGCAACCCUCCACGAAAGGUCCUGGGGCCCAGUGGUAUUUAAAUUCAUUUGUAGAAUAUCUCUUUCUUAGAAAGAAUAGGACAACCAGAGUCUGUAGGAAGAACCCUAGAACCAUGGCCCUCAAAGAAACCUGUGGAAUGGCUUCCUGCUCUGCACGGAGGGUCAGAUUAGGAGAUCUGAAGGGACACCGAAGUGUUCAUGGUAAAGGAGAAUUAAAAGUGUUUUUUGGUGUGAAAACUUUUUGGAAAUCCAUGCAUAUGGUGGGGGGGGGUCUUCAUGGAAGAUGCAAAAACUAUGCUUAGAGCUCAAAAUUUUUGUGUCAAUAUAAACAUCUUUUAAUUCUAUUUUUCUACACACCUUCUGAAGUACCUUGUAUUUUAGGGCAGUCUAAUUUGAAAAGACUAUUUGUUUGCCUUUUUUCCUUGUGUUUGUUUUCAAUGAGAUAUAACAGGAUUGUGGGGCAAAACCGCUUGCUGUACAUUACCCUUGCCUACAAAAUCGGCCAACCUAAAAUGAUGAGUGCCUCCCACAAUGAUGGAAACAGCCUUCUGGAUAGAGUGCCGAAGGAUUUCCCCUAGCAGUUGCUUUACCUCAACACACGGUGCUGCCCCCUGAACAGUAGAGUGACCGGAUGGAAGAACACGAAGCCACUAAGUCCCUUCUGGAGAAAAAGUUAAAAACUGAUGGAAACGCGCUGACCAGUGUGACACCUGUGUGAGAGAACCCUCAGCUAGUCUCGCCCAAGAGACCAAUUGCUGUUCUGGAAUUUUCACUGGGAAUGCAGUGGAUUUCAUUUCUUACGUCAGUCUCCCCCUAUUUGAGAACACAGGAUUUUGCCACCUGUUCUCACUCUCUGUGUAGCCCUGUACUGCAGGCACACCCCGGUUGUCUUGUGUCCUGCCUUCCCUACGAAAGAAUCCCCUCCGUCUACACUCCGCAUCUCUGUUUUCUGACCACCUGCUUGGCUCUCUUUCUCAACAUGGAGAUCUGACUUCUUCCUUGGGUGAUCCUAGACACUGCGCCUCUCCACAUCCGAUCUUCUGAGCUGGGCUGUCCGCUAGAAUGAGAGGCUCCCGGACUCUGAUUUCCAGUGUCCGGCUUCGUUUUCCUGGCCUCUCAAUCCCACUUAGUUCUUCGGCUGGCUCCCAGUCCCUGACACCUGUGAUCUCUCCUGUGAAGUUCACUGCACAAGGAUAUCAGGCGCUGUGCCACCAUUGCAAUUCUGAGUAACUUGCAUCCUCCGCAGUGAGCAACGUGCUGUGUGCACAGAAGAGACACUGUUACUGUUCAUGUCUGUGAGUGGAAAGUGAGUCACUUCCUGGACAGCAGUGAGAGGGGAAGAGAUAAUCUGGUUGGAUACAGUAGAACCAUAUUAAAUUAAUUAAUAUAAGAAAAUCAGGGGCCCGUGCUUUGGCACAGCAGGUUAACGCCCUGGCCUGCACUGCUGACAUCCCAUAUGGGCGCUGGUUCUAGUCCUGGCUGCUCCUCUUCCGAUCCAGCUCUCUGCUGUGGCCUGGGAAAGCAGUAGAAGAUGGCCCAAGUUCUUGGGCCCCUGCACCCACGUGGGAGACCCGGAAGAAGCUCCUGGCUUCAGGCUUCCGAUUGGCGCAACUCCGGUCAUUGUGGCCAUUUGGGGAGUGAACCAGCAGAUGGAAGACCUUGCUCUCUGUCUCUACGUCUUUUUGUAACUCUGUCUUUCAAAUAAAUAAAAUAAAUUUUAAAAAAAGAAAAUCAUAUCAAAUGCUAAAUAUACUCAAGAACUAUGUAUAUAUUUCUUUUCUAAAACUCAUGGUCAUCUUCUUCAAUGCAGCAGCAACCAGGAAAAAAAAGAGUCAAGGACAGCCCAUUUUCCCUCUCACUUUAUUUAUCGAUAUCUUGUAGUAGAUAAACAACAAAAACAGCAUGCUAUGUAUUUUUAUACCAGCCACAAGGAAUUUGGAAAGAAUAUUUGUUGACUCAAGUUUAGGCAUGUUCCAGAAAGACAAUAUUAACAUUUUAAUUGAUAAAUAUUCUCAUUAUCCAAGAAUGCCAGAAAAGAAUUAUAUCCUGGUUCUUCUAGAUUGUGUUCAAUUACUUUCUGAAUGAUGUAAAUGCUUUUUCUAAUACUCUUUUUUUAAAUACUAAAGGAUUUUUUAAUUUCAAAAUUAAUCAUACUUUUAAGUGUUCCGGAAUUUGAUAUUUAUAGUAAAACAACCUACCUUUAAUUAAAAAACAAAGACUCUGUUCUCAA